CUGCCCUUUGGGCCCGUCUCCCGGCAGCCCUUGCGUCCUGCCCUUUGGGCCGGUCUCCCGGCAGCCCUUGCGUCCUGCCCUUUGGGCCCGUCUCCCGGCAGCCUCUGCGCGCCGCCCCCCGAGCAAGGUCGCGGAGAAGAAGGACCGGCCGCCAUCACUCGCCGGCGGCGCCAUGUUGGGGCAGAGCGUCCGCCGCUUCACCACCUCCGUGGUCCGCAGGAGCCACUACGAGGAGGGGCCCGGGAAGAACCUGCCAUUCUCUGUCGAAAACAAGUGGCAGUUGCUAGCAAAAAUGACUCUUUUCUUUGGCUCUGGAUUUGCUGCACCGUUCUUCAUAGUCAGACACCAGCUGCUUAAGAAAUGAAGAGAGUGGUUUCCCUUCAGGAACCAGAUUUCACCUGGGACAUAUUUCAUGAUGUAGCCUUGAAGAAUAUCUAACAUUACAAAUAUUUACCACACUAGAUGUGUUUGUAAAUAAACCUAUUAUCUCAA